CCUAGUCGCGUACAGACGCGCGUGUUAUACCACAAGCGGGACGCAACAGUCACGCGAUCGCGAACUUCGAUUCCCUUUUUGUUUAUUUUUCACUUGCGUCCUUCGAUCCGUUUUGUUUUCGUGGCGGCCAAGCAAAGAAACAAAAGGAGGCGGAUGGAUCGAGUGACCGGAGAAGAGUGGUGCGCGCCGCACGGUUAGCUGACACGUUGAGGCCGCACCGAAACGACGAGAAACUACGAAAUCAUAAAACCAAAGCCUCCAGUCAUAUCUUUUCUUUCGAAAAAAAAAAAAAAAAUUACAAAAAAAAUAAUAAAAAUAAUAUAAGCACUAUUUUUUUAACCUUUUAACGAUAAAUGUAAUCGUAAAUAGUAUACGCAAAAUCCCAAACAGUACAAAUUAAUUUAAGUCUGAAGCGAUUGGUAUUUACAAUUAUAAGGAGGAGCCUUCAAACGAGAAACCACAAGACAAACAACCAACGACCAGUAUUUACACGUUCCAAAACUAAUAGUAAUCGUUAAACGAGUGCACAAGAUAUUUUAUCGAUCGUUAAUUAACAAAACAAAAAAAAACAAAAAAUUUAAAUCGAUACGAAAACACGAGCGUUUUGUAAAGAUCAGCCAAAGAUUUUAUAAGCCCGUAUAAGUAUAAGGUAUCGCUUAUGUUAAAACAAACAUAAAGAACAUUUAUAUAUAUAUAUAUAUAUAAACGAAGAUAUUGUGAUUAGUUUAAGUGCAAACCGGUGUGCCGUAUAACCAUUAGUAUAGAACCGAGGACCUGAAUCCAACGGUGACAGAGUACAAAAAACUAGUUCCAGUUACGAGUGUUCAGUACGAGGAUAUAGAUUAGAGAUAUUUUUUUUGUAAGAGAUAUUGAAGAGUAGCGCGAUGAGGCAACGCCGCGACAACACGUGAUGAGCGAGACUCUUAGGAGCGAGGCGGGCGCGGACGGCGCGCACCUACCGCCCUUCUCCACCUUCGGAGACAUGGCCGACAACGAGCAGCGGAUCCUCACCGCCGACGCGCGACUGCUCGACCCCGCCUGGGAGUACUACGAGCGGACCGGUGACACCGUCUCCGUCAUCGCCAGCCAGCCGCAGUACCGGCCUUGGGAGUCAAUGCCGAUCACGGUCAACUCAAAGGAUGCGAUACUCCGUGCAGGAUUCUCUUCGCCUCUAGACUAUCAAUCCGUCACUUUGCAGCCCAUACCUAACAAGCUGCCGUCCUUCCAAAGCCAAUUCCAAACGUUUCCAGAAACGACCGUCAUACCGGAAACCGGGUUGCCGAGCGUGACUCCGGUGCCGGUGACGGCGAGUCCGACGCCGAGUGCGAGCCCUAGUCAUUUAACACAGCUCACGCAACUCACUACCCCGUCGUCUCCGGUUCACCUCACCACCCUGGCUCAAGUGACGCCGUUGUCGACCACGCUGACGACGCUAUCGCCGGUAAACGCUACGACAUUCCACACUUUGACCGCCGUUAACGCCAGAAGCUAUCCCAUAGUGCCGGCCCCCUUGCAGGCGAGGGAGCUGGCUCCGGCGGGCCAGGCGUACAUCGACGACCGUCACAUCCAGCUCUAUCAGCCGAAUAUCGCGACGAUUAACGCGUUUCCAGGACAAAAUGGAAUCUUACAUCAGAACGGAGCGCUUUUACAUCAAAACGGAAGCUUAAUACAAAACAUUCAAAGUCCAACGGUCGUUCAUGUGUUGAAAAACGAGCCUUUCGAUGUUAAGUCACUGCAGGACAAAUACACGCCGAACGGACUGCACCAUAGCAAUUUCCAGAACCCGAUGCUGAUCGAUAACGGUUAUGAUAAGAAAUCGAACGGCUUUGGUAGUGGAUCGUCACCGACGAGGUCCGACUUCAGGAAAAAAGAAAGACGGAAAAUGCGUGCGAAUAGUUCAGAAUCAGACUGUUCGAACAUGGAGGUCGGGUCGGAGAGCAGCGGGCAGGUCGCCGCUGUCUCCUCUACGGCGGGAUUCAAGUCGCCCAUGCAUGGAGCUCCGCCGAUGAACACAGGCCCGAUGGAACUGGACGACAUAUCCAGUGAGAAACAGACGAAAAAGAAGAGGAAACGUUGCGGAGAGUGCAUCGGCUGUCAGCGCAAGGACAACUGCGGCGACUGCGCGCCCUGUCGCAACGACAAGUCCCAUCAAAUAUGCAAGCAGCGUCGAUGCGAGAAGUUGACAGAGAAGAAGGUCUUACAAGACAUCAAGAGCUAUCGCGGCCGCAAGCCACUCGGUGGCACAGCAGGAGUUCCCGGAGCCCCAGGUGUAGCGGUCCCCGGUGUGGCGACCGCCGCGUCACCAAGUCCCGCGCCGCAGACCCCAGCAGCGCCGAGCCCCGCGCCCGCCACCACGCCCGCCAUGAAGCAAGAGCACCCCAGCCAACCUAUGGCACCGAUGCCGUUCUACGCAGGCGACCCUAACAGAUUCCCAACGACGUGGCAGACUGAUCCGUCACAAGGCUGGCAGAACCAGUUCAUACAGCAGCUUCCCACACAGACGGGUCAGACGACUUUGGAUUACCAAGGAAACCACACUGCCUACGCAACCUCGCCCCACUAUCAGGCUAACACCACGUACACCGUCCAGAAUGUCGCUACAACGUUUGACGUCACAAACAGCACGUACUAUCAAGCGGGCGUGCAGGCUGUCCCCGCGCAACGACCUCCGUCGAACCGGGGUGCCUACACUCCGGUCCCCUCUCCGCGAGCACCUCACUACACCACAGAGUACCAGCAACAAUACGCGCAACAAGCAUCUACGCCCGGCGCAACUUCAGGCACAGAUUCGAGACCAGCCUCGGCCGCUUCUUACCAAAGUAACGCACCGACAGCGGCCACCCCUGUAUAUUCUGUCGGUCAAAACUAUGAACGAUCAGAAUACAGUACGGAGCAUUCAGAAGAAUACAAUAAUUCUGAGAGCGGCACUGGAGAUACGAAUAAUGAAGUGGAAAGACAAGAGCAGAACUCGACUAGUGGACAGCAGUCGGGAAACGCCGAGCCUGGAUACCUGCAGGGGAGCAACGGUCCGCGAGCUUCACUCGAUUGUAGCGGGUAUUCGGGCGCUUACAACAGCGGACAGUACAGGGAAAACGGUCAAGUGCAAAAUCAAAACGAAUGGCAGCAACAAUGGCAACACAACCAAAGACUACAAAAUCAACAAAUCCAAAAUCAACAGCAACAAAUUCAGAAUCAACAACAGAUGCAAAACCAACAACAAUUACAAGCUCAGCAACAACUUCAGAGUCAACAAAUGCAAAACCAGCAACAACUUCAGAACCAACAGCACAUGCAAAACCAACAACAGAUUCAGAACCAGCAACAAAUGCAAAGCCAACAACAGAUGCAGAACCAGCAACCUAUGCAAAAUCAACAACAAAUGCAGACUCAGCAACAAAUGCAGAAUCAGCAACAGAUGCAGAGUCAGCAACAAAUGCAGAAUCAGCAACAGAUGCAGAAUCAGCAACAAAUGCAGAAUCAGCAACAAAUGCAAAAUCAACAACAAAUGCAGAGUCAUCACCAACAAUUACAGCUACAAAACCAGCAACUUCAAAAUCAACAACUACAGCAGCAGAGACAAGAUGAGUCAGAACAGCAAAUGUUUUCACAAUCAGACAGGGUCAAUUUGAACUCGAGACUGAAAACGAUGAUUUUAAAUAAACAAAAUCACAGCCGCGAUGGCACAAAUACGCCGCCGGAUAAAGGGGAUCCCGGAGAGGGACCACCUCGGGACGACAGGAAGACCGGACCUACUUCCGUCAACGACGAUAGAAAUACUACCGGUCAUUUUUUAUCGUAUAGCCACCAUCUCCGAGAUAAUUACCGCUUAGGCGAACAGGUAUAUCCUGCCGCUGGUAAUUAUUCACAAAGCACUCAUGCUUAUAGCGUGAGUGAGUUCGGAGGUGGUGGCCACCAAGUAUGGGAGGGAGGAACAGAGGCUCUGAGAGGUUAUGAUAAGCACGUUCCUAAUAAGAACGUAUCCAAAACUUCUCAGAAAUUACCGUCCUACGCGGACGUUAGAAGCCAAUACGGUGCAUAUACCACCGUAUCGUAUGAGCCGCAUAAAUAUGCAGAGGCAUAUAAUAGUGAUAGCUUAGGUUUAAAUCAGCAAGACAGUAAAGAUUUCCAGUCGAAAAUGCUCAUCGGACCUGUAUCGGAAAUGAACCAACAAAACUGCACCACAACGCAGGACACGAACGCACAAACACGAGCUUAUGAUAGAGAGGCGUACGAUGCAAAAUUUAGACACCCAUCGGCGCCCUUAAUACCAAAAUUAGAGAUACCUGAUAGUUAUCAAUACCACAAAGACGAAAGAUUAAUUAAAACUGAAGUGCAACGACCAGCAAAUCAAAAUACGUAUACGAAACAGAAUGAAAUGUCAAUAAACAGUUUGUACAGGGAUUAUCCUAAUGGAAUAGUAAGUAGGUCACAACAGAAUACAGUUUUACCGCCUAUAUCUACAAUAAAGCAAGAGGGCUUUGCCCAAAGCCCACAGACCUAUCAAAACUUUCAAAAUUAUCCUUACCGGAUAGACCAGAGGCCAGACCAAAUUGGGUCUUUCGCACAAAUACCUCGAACGCAAGAGAAUAUAGGAUUUCAAAAAUAUAACAGAUCUUACAGUGAAAGCAAAGAAAGUAAGUCAACAGAAAACAAAAGUAGUUCAGAUAAAAACACUCCAUCGGAACCAAGAUCUUACUACAUUGAACAGAUCAAAUCUGAACACUCGCCGCCAGGUCACAAAAUAUAUAAGAACAUGAACUAUAGCCCGCCGAGAGACGAACCUUAUUUAUUUCCCGGGGACGGAGGGCCGACAGCCAUCAAAAACGAAGUGGGCUACUCGUGUUGUCGACAAGGAUCUACAAAGAAGCCGCCCCCGGAACACCUAAGAGAUGGCGCUUGUCCUGGAUAUCAAACCAAAGAUGAAGUUUUAGAAGACGAACCUGAAACUACAGAUAAAAAUGAUCCCAAAAACCAAAAAGCCACAGCGCCAACACCAGAUGUAACGAAACCAAAGGAAAACCAAUUCAAUUACUCAAAAGAAUAUUUAGAAAACUUGGAAAGAUUACGAACUAAUUCUAGGACGGAGGUUCCAGAUUGCAACUGUUUUCCUGCUGACAAGAAUCCGCCGGAGCCUGGCAGCUAUUAUACUCAUCUAGGUUCAGCUUCUAGUCUGGCAGAAUUGAGGAGGGAGCUAGAGGCUCGGACCGGCCUGUCAGGCAAGGAGCUUAGAAUAGAAAAGAUCUGUUACACUGGGAAAGAAGGGAAAACAGCUCAAGGUUGCCCUAUGGCAAAGUGGGUAAUCAGACGAGCGAACUACACCGAGAAAGUCCUAGUCGUAGUGAAGUGUCGAAACGGUCACAAAUGUCCCACCGCUUGGAUCGUUGUGUGUCUGGUCGCCUGGGAGGGCAUCCCUCAGUCGGAGGCGGAUCUCGACUACACUCUUCUAUCGCACAAGCUGAACAGAUACGGCCUACCUACCACGAGACGUUGCGCCACUAACGAAAACAGGACGUGUGCCUGCCAAGGUCUGGACCCGGAAACGUGCGGCGCCUCUUACUCUUUCGGCUGCUCGUGGUCAAUGUACUACAACGGAUGCAAAUACGCCCGUUCAAAGACAGUUCGGAAGUUUCGGCUCUCGGUGAAGACGGAAGAGAGUGAGAUUGAAGAACGCAUCCACGUGCUGGCGACCCUGCUCAGCCCGCUGUACAUGAACCUGGCGCCGAGGGCGUUUGACAACCAGUGCCAAUUCGAGAAAGAGGCGUCGGAUUGCAGACUGGGCUUUAAGCCUGGCCGACCUUUUUCUGGUGUGACUGCGUGCAUCGACUUCUGCGCGCAUGCGCACCGCGACCUGCACAACAUGAACAACGGCUGCACGGCCGUGGUGACGCUCGCCAAGCACCGCGCGCUCAGCCGGGCCGGCGACGAGCAGCUGCACGUGCUGCCGCUCUACGUGCUCGACGACACCGACGAGUUCGGCUCCAAGGAGGGCCAGGACGAGAAGGUCGCGAGCGGCGCGCUGGAGAUACUCGACAAGUAUCCCAUGGAGGUCCGUGUGCGCUCAGUGCCGUUACAGCCAUGCAGGAGGCACGGCAAGAAGCGGAAAGAAGAAGACAGCGGGGACUCUGCGAACAACUCUACUAACAACACACCACAACAAAGUCCUGGAAACAAUCAGAAAAAGACUCAGUGCUCUACCCCCACGCCUCGAACUCCGCAGCCUGACGCCAGGAAUAACGCGAGUCCACGAAGCCAAAGCAGCUCAUCGCCCAGAGCCGGAACUCCGUCUUUUAACCAGUCCAACCCAUCCGCGUUUACCAAUAACCAACACUACAAUUCCGCUUUUAUCAACCCUAACAUGCACAACCAGAGUCAGGGUCUCAUGAAUCCGAACUUGGGCAACCCUGCCUUAUUGGACAUGGCGACAAUGAUUGACAACUUCACCGAUGCCCAACUCCAGAGCAAUCAGAUCUCGAGCACAGUUUUAGACUCUCCGUACAAUCCGUACGAUCAAAGCUACAAUCUCCAUCAUCAAAACGCUAUAUACCAAGCAAACUCUAUAGCGGAAAAUAAUUCGUGCCAAAAUCAAAAUCCCAACCAGCUGCCCAGCUUUGCCACCGGUCUCCCGAAACGAGAUCAACAGUUCAAUGCCGCUAACACUCAGAUCAAUGUACAGAAUCAAUGGCAUGACUUUAAUAGCGCUCAAAUAUUCAAUAAUGUGGUUAAAGAAGACCCUGAUUCUACGACGGCUCAUUUGAACGUUCCCCCGAAUAACUACAGUCCAGAUUCGAACAGGAGCGACACCAACUCCGAUCAAAUGUUACAAAAAAAUAACGAAACCGUUAAACAGAGUGCUGUCGGAGAGAUAAAUCAGAAGUUACCGGAAUUCGAGAUGCCAUGUUCCCCGCGCCUGACCGAAUUAUCACAGAACUCACAGAGCACACCCCCGUCUCCGGCGUCAUCUCAAAUAUCCGAUCUCAGAUCACCGAACAACGAAUCGCUCAAUUCAUCUGACGUUCGUCAGAGCGUUUGGAAGUCGCCGGAUUCUAAAAACUGGGAUCAGUCGAAACCUAAAGAUCAAUUGACUCUUGAAAAUGAAAAUCUGUUGUUUCGAGUGCCAAAAGCCCGGCCACCGUCUAGAUCGCAGCACGUAAAUCCAGAAAAUUUGGAGAAUCCCACCUUUCUGAAACCUUACCCGCCCUCUGAUAGACCGCACCUCAAUCAGGGCUACGAGCACAGGAGCCCCUACGAUGCGAGAGUGCAAAAUAACACUACCCCACAAACUUCCGCAUCGCAAACAAAUUACACUAUCAAUCACGAAGAAAUCAAUCAAGCGACAGCAAACAAACCUGAUUUCACCGGAAACAAUUUCCAUCCCGUUAACCAAACCUCGUACGGAAACCAAGCUCCCAUUCAAGGAUAUGGAAAUUAUCCGCAGAUGACAAACGCCUAUCCGUUUUCAGCCAGUCCGUACGGACAUUUCAACCCGUAUGAGAAUUCUUACAACGACUAUAACCUCGCUUACUACAAUGCAGAAAAAUACAAAAGAGAGGAGUUAUUGAGAAACUCGCACUGUUACAAUUCAUACGGGUAUCAGUACAACCCAAAUUUCACCUCCAACUUUUAUCAAAAUCCGAGUCCGAAUUGGUGUCAAACAUCGCCAAACUGGUGUCUGUACCCACCACCGUUCACUAUCCCGUACCCACCGGAACCGCCUAAAGCUGAGCCCAUCGGCGAAGUCACAGAAUACACCGAGAACCUGGAAUGCUUUAAAGACAGCCAAAUGGGGGGCGUCGCCAUCGCUCUCGGACAUGGAAGCGUCCUGUUCGAGUGCGCCAAACACGAGAUGCACUCGACAACCGCCGUCAGAGCUCCGAACCGAGUCACUCCGACCAGGAUCUCGCUCGUAUUCUACCAGCACAGGAACUUGAAUCGACCAAAGCACGGGCUCGAGGAGUGGGAGGAAAAGAUGAGGUUGAAGAAACUAGGGUUAAAUCCGCCGACGCCUAGCACCCCAGCACCGGCCGCGAUCGCACCGACGCCGGUCGCUAGGCCAGGGCCGAUAGGACCGAGUGCGGGGCCAGGGUCGACGGGUCCAAGGUCUGCGGGCCCGGGGCCGGCGCUGGUGCGUGCCGAGACGCACACGACGACAUCAUGGACGACGCUGUUCCCCAUGCACGGCUGCACGGUGACGGGCCCCUACCAGGAGUCGGCCACCUGACACAAGCCUCCGCUCGCUGAGCGCCCCCGAACGGACAAAACUCUUCCAUAGAUGUCUAAGUUCUAUGUUGCCUUUCGAUAUUAGAUAGUUAGGUAGCGCGCUUCCUGAGAGAGGCUCGCUGCGGGCGGCGCGCCCAGUCCGGUGAGCGAUCGUAGUCGGGAUCCACGACGCCUCACGACGCCUUCACGACGCGUUAGUAACGCGCACCGAGUGAGUUGCAAUCAAAGAUGUAAUUUUAAGUUACGUAGUAGUGUCUGACAGCAUUUCAACUAGUCUUACGUUUCACCGCAAUGUCGACGUGACGACGUGUUCCGUAGCGUUUGUUUUUGUAUAUUAUAGUUACGCCGGUGCGCGCACGUCCCCUUGUAGGCAACGGAUUUGAUGUACGUUUUAUUUUUUCCUGCAUAUUUUGUCGAUAUUUUUUUGUCUAAUUAAGCGCAUGAACAGGCUUUAUGCGAUUCAAUGAUCUCAUAAACUACUAACCCUACAUUAAUGUUUAUUCAGAACAAAAGUACAAGACGCCGGGUCGUGUAGGCCCCGCGGGGCCCGGGACGCAGUCGUUGGAAGUCUUUAUUGAUAUUUUUGUACCUUUGUCUGUGUAUUAGUUGUAUGUUUUAAUGUAACUAUUUUAUUACCAUUCCUAAAUACUUUUUAUGGUUUGUUUUGGCAUAUAUUUCAAAACCGAUCAAAAUCAUGUCGACUUUACGACAUGUCUUUUGUAAACAAAGACGCGAGUGCUUUUCUAUUAGGUUUAAGAUGUGUGUAUUUUUAACUUUUUAGAAUUUUUAACUUAUUUAUAUUGUAUUACGUGAACCAUUAUCGAAUCAUUUUUUCUUUACGAUAAUUUUAGUGUUAUUGUAGCAUUUUAAUAUUUAAUAUAUUUGCUUUAUGACUUGUCAUUAAAUUAUUGCGAUUGUUUUGUGCAUGUUUCUAGAACGCCAUCUUUAAUUUUCAAAACGAGUGCCUGUAUAUUCGGCUAUAAGUUAAUGAUUGAUAUUAAUGAAGAAUCUAAAAUAACGAAAAACUGUUGAAAUUGUGACCUUAUAUUUUUAAUCGAAUUACGCAUUCAAUGAAAUAAUUUGUGUAAAAUUAGAUACGAAGAGAUGUAAUAAUUUUAAAUUAUAAAAUCCAAACAAUAAAAACGAUUCGUAAUAACGUAUGUUGCAUAGGGAUAGAUUUAUUGCCAGUACUAAAAAAAUGUUCUCAGGCGCUUGGAAAGAUUAUAAAGUAGGCAUAUUAUUAAAUAUGAAUGAAAACAUACUGAUUGAUAGUUAUUAAUAUAUAAUUAGCUUGUAAGGAAAGUUUGUUUUAAAGAUUAAACUAUUGAUAUAGUUUAUAUUUUUUACGUGUACGUAUUUAUUGAAUGGUAAAUUUAUUGGGACGAACGUGAAAUUAUUUAUAGGUAAAAGUUUUGAAUGAAACAAAACUUAUAAAAAAUAAGCAAUAAUAGACAACGGAUUCUAUAUACGUUGUAAUGUUAGGUGUGCAAAAAAAUAAAAAUUAUAAUAAACGAAUGGUGCGAUAAUAUCGACAGUCUUAUGGUGAAAGCUUGUCUAUGGUACGUUCGGUCGACACCGACAUAGAAUCUGCCUAAAUGUAUUCCGUUAUGUAUUGUUUGUGUAUAAACAUUGGUAUUUCCCUGAGUUCUUGCCAUUAAUUAAGUUAAUAACUUAUAUCUCUUCCAAAAUCAAUAAAUCGACGAGACAUAUCAACGAAUCAAUCACAAUAUUAAUAAAAAAGUAAAUAAUCAGAAUGAACAUCACCAAGAGGCAAAGAAUUUCGAGAACAAAAUCGUGAUUAGUUACAAAAACGUUUUAUGUAAGACACUGUAUCAUUAGGGUUGCAUUAGAUACCUGUGAUAUAAUCGUAAUUUCACGAAUGUUUGGCUGUUGCGUGCUUGUUUAAUACCAGUGUGAUCGUUCAUCAAGUAACGUACCUAUGUUUUAUUGUUUCCAAAC